UAUCCGUUGCUGCCCGACGGCCCUGAGUCGGACCAAGCGAAAAUCCACAUACUUUAUCGGCGCCCUGACGAGCAUUGCUGGGUCUCGUUGUACAAUCCAGGAGCAGGAGAGCUGUUCCAAAGUUGCAUGCAGAUCUUUGACGCUGGUUAUCAGUCCGACAAGCGCCACAUCGCGCUGCACGACCGAUUUGGGCUCAAGGAAGUCAUGCAGCUUUUUGAAAGUGAUGCGAUGGCGUACGGGCCGCAAGCGUUGCACAUCAUUCGCCGAUGUCCAUGUCGCGAUCCACGACGAAGUAAGAAAAAAGGCUUUCUCGAU